AUGCGCUCAAAGGACAAAAUCGCCUAUUUUUACGACGGGGAUGUGGGUAGCGUCUACUUUGGACCGAACCAUCCCAUGAAACCACACCGGCUAUGUAUGACCCAUCAUCUUGUCCUCUCAUAUGACCUCCACAAGAAGAUGGAAAUUUAUCGGCCCCAUAAGGCGUAUCCGGUGGAGCUUGCGCAAUUCCAUUCAGCUGACUAUGUCGAGUUUCUACAUCGGAUUACGCCUGACACACAGCACUUGUUCUCGAAUGAACUGGCAAGAUAUAAUCUUGGAGAAGAUUGCCCUGUAUUUGAUAACUUGUUUGAAUUUUGUCAAAUUUAUGCUGGUGGAACAAUAGAUGCUGCACGUAGGUUGAACAAUAAACUUUGUGACAUUGCUAUAAAUUGGGCUGGCGGACUACACCACGCCAAGAAGUGCGAGGCAUCCGGAUUUUGUUACAUCAAUGACUUGGUCUUGGGGAUCUUGGAGCUUCUAAAACAUCAUGCCCGAGUAUUGUACAUUGACAUAGAUGUGCAUCAUGGUGAUGGCGUAGAAGAAGCUUUUUAUUUUACUGAUAGGGUGAUGACGGUUAGUUUUCACAAAUUUGGGGAUAUGUUUUUCCCAGGAACGGGUGAUGUUAAGGAAGUAGGAGAAAGAGAAGGAAAGUUUUAUGCCAUCAAUGUCCCACUGAAGGAUGGAAUAGAUGACACUAGCUUCAAUAGACUUUUCAAGACUAUUAUUUCCAAGGUUGUUGAAACAUAUCUACCAGGCGUGAUAGUUCUCCAAUGUGGGGCAGAUUCUCUUGCUGGAGACCGCUUGGGCUGCUUCAAUCUCUCCAUUGAUGGUCAUGCUGAUUGUGUUAGGUUUGUGAAGAAAUUCAAUUUACCCUUACUGGUUACAGGAGGUGGUGGAUACACGAAAGAGAAUGUUGCUCGGUGUUGGACGGUUGAAACUGGAGUUCUUCUUGAUUCAGAACUUCCUAAUGAGAUCCCGGAAAACGAGUAUAUCAAGUAUUUUUCUCCCGACUUCUCUUUGAGGAUUCCAAAUGGACAUAUAGAGAACCUAAAUAGUAAAUCGUAUAUUAGCACGAUUAAAACGCAAGUCUUGGAAAAUCUCCGUUGCAUCCAACAUGCCCCUAAUGUACAAAUGCAAGAAGUUCCACCUGACUUUUAUAUUCCCGAUUUUGAUGAAGAUGCGCAGAACCCUGAUGAACGCGUGGAUCAGCACACCGAAGACAAGCACAUUCAGCGUGAUGAUGAAUAUUACGAAGGAGACAAUGAUAAUGAUCACAACAUGGAUGAUGUGUAA